AUUUGUGCGGAGUAUGUUUGAAAAAAAAAUCCUUUAGAAUUGCCACGCAAAUGUGUGUGUUUCGUGGCAAGUGGGAAGCGUAAACAACAAUUGUUUUUUCGCUUGCAUUUGGCAAUGAGCCAGAUUGAAGUAACUUUUUUCUGGAAAAUUCAUAGUCAUGGUUUGAACUGAUAUUUUAAAGCACAUUUUGCUAUAUAAACUAUACCGAUUGGAUAGAGUUUAGUGAACGUCGCCGUAUCACACACAUACAGAUAAAUGUUUCCACGUAUAACAGAAUGUUUACAGCCUGACGUUGUCUGCACAUCCAAACCGAUUGACGUGAAGUUGUUAUUUUGGUUGUGAAGAACACGAAUCUCGGGAAAAAAAAUCAAUAUUUCUCAGUUCCAUUUUCAUUUGUGGAUUUAUUGAAGAAAUUCUAUAUUUUCUGCAAGAUUUAUAUAGAAGACAAAAAGGGCUCAGUUGUACAUCCAUAUCACAGUAUAACAUUAACAUCAGCAGUGAAAAAUGGCUCCAGUUAGAGGUGAUGGAAUGCGAGGUUUAGCUGUCUUCAUAUCGGACAUCAGAAACUGCAAAAGUAAAGAAGCUGAAAUCAAGCGUAUCAACAAGGAACUGGCGAAUAUUCGCAGCAAAUUCAAAGGCGACAAAACGUUAGACGGGUAUCAGAAGAAGAAAUAUGUAUGCAAGCUGCUGUUCAUAUUUUUGCUGGGCCAUGACAUCGACUUUGGGCAUAUGGAAGCGGUCAAUUUGUUAUCGUCAAACAAAUAUUCGGAGAAACAAAUUGGAUAUUUAUUCAUAUCUGUAUUGGUUAAUACGAACAGUGAUUUGAUAAAGUUGAUCAUUCAAAGCAUCAAAAAUGACUUGAAUUCGAGAAAUCCAAUUCACGUAAAUUUGGCAUUGCAAUGCAUCGCAAAUAUUGGUAGCCGUGAUAUGGCCGAAGCAUUUUCGAAUGACAUACCAAAAUUACUGGUUUCCGGCGAUACAAUGGAUGUUGUGAAGCAGUCAGCUGCAUUAUGUCUCUUGCGUUUGUUUCGCACUUGCCCCGAAAUCAUACCGGGUGGCGAAUGGACCAGCAGAAUUAUUCACUUGUUGAAUGAUCAACACAUGGGUGUUGUAACGGCAGCAACGAGUCUGAUCGAUGCCUUGGUUAAAAAGAACCCAGAAGAAUACAAGGGUUGCGUUAGUUUGGCAGUAUCGCGCCUGUCCCGCAUUGUCACUGCAAGCUACACUGAUUUACAAGACUACACAUAUUAUUUCGUUCCCGCACCGUGGCUGUCGGUCAAGCUUCUUCGUUUGCUUCAAAACUACAAUCCGGUCACUGAAGAUCCAGGUGUACGCGGUCGAUUGAAUGAGUGUCUCGAAACCAUACUGAAUAAAGCUCAAGAACCACCAAAAAGCAAGAAGGUUCAGCAUUCAAAUGCGAAAAAUGCGGUUCUGUUCGAGGCAAUCAAUUUGAUUAUACACAGUGACAGUGAACCAGCGUUGCUUGUACGUGCAUGUAAUCAACUUGGACAAUUCUUGAGUAAUCGUGAAACCAACUUACGUUACUUGGCAUUAGAAUCGAUGUGCCACCUGGCAACAUCCGAAUUUUCCCAUGAAGCGGUCAAAAAACACCAAGAGGUGGUCAUUUUAUCGAUGAAAAUGGAAAAAGAUGUGUCUGUACGACAACAGGCGGUCGAUUUGUUGUAUGCGAUGUGCGAUCGAAGCAAUGCAGAGGAAAUUGUCCAAGAGAUGUUGAAUUAUCUGGAAACAGCCGAUUAUUCGAUUCGCGAAGAGAUGGUUCUAAAGGUAGCCAUUUUGGCAGAAAAAUAUGCCACCGAUUAUACAUGGUACGUUGAUGUUAUACUGAACUUGAUUCGUAUCGCUGGUGAUUAUGUUUCGGAAGAGGUAUGGUAUCGUGUCAUCCAAAUCGUUAUCAACCGUGAAGAGGUGCAGGGCUAUGCAGCAAAAACAGUAUUCGAAGCACUUCAAGCACCUGCAUGUCAUGAGAACAUGGUGAAAGUUGGUGGCUACAUUUUGGGUGAAUUUGGCAAUUUGAUUGCUGGUGACUCCCGAUCUGCACCACUCGUGCAGUUCAAGCUUCUGCAUUCAAAAUACCAUUUAUGUUCGUCAAUGACGCGCGCCCUGUUGCUGUCAACAUACAUUAAAUUUGUUAAUUUAUUCCCGGAAAUUCGGUCGAACAUACAAGAAGUUUUCAGACAACAUAGCAAUUUGCGAUCAGCUGAUGCGGAGCUACAACAGCGAGCCAGUGAAUAUUUGCAGUUGAGCAUUGUUGCCUCGGCAGAUGUUUUGGCAACUGUAUUGGAAGAAAUGCCAUCAUUUCCUGAGCGCGAAAGCUCGAUUUUGGCCGUUUUGAAAAAGAAGAAGCCGGGCCGAGUACCGGAAAAUGAAAUUCGCGAUUCGAAAAGUCCAUUGCCGAAUCAGAAUAAUACUCACACCGCAAAUCACAAAUACAACAAUAACAAUGGGAAUAAUGCUGAUUUGUUGGGCCUAAGUACACCACCAUCAAACCAGAAUUCACAUCAGAGUGCACUAAUUGAUGUUCUCGGUGACAUCUACAACAACUCCUCCGUUCACAACAACGCAAAGAAAUUCGUCUUUAAAAACAAUGGGGUGCUAUUCGAAAACGAUUUACUUCAAAUUGGUGUGAAGAGUGAAUUCCGUCAAAACUUGGGCCGAUUGGGUUUGUUUUAUGGCAAUAAAACCCAAGCAGCACUUGAGAAUUUCCAACCAGUUUUGUCAUGGCCAGCUGAAAAUUCGUUGAAACUAAAUGUUCAAGUAAAACCUGUUGAACCAACUCUGGAAGCCGGUGCACAAAUUCAACAAAUGCUCACCGCUGAAUGUAUAGACGAUUUCACAGACGCUCCAUCCCUUGAUAUAUCGUUUAAAUAUAAUGGUGUGCAGCAAAAAUUCAAUGUUAGGCUACCGUUGACUAUCAAUAAAUUUUUUGAGCCGACUGAAAUGAAUAGCGAAUCGUUCUUUGCGAGAUGGAAGAAUUUGGGCGGAGAGCAACAACGAGCACAAAAAGUAUUCAAGGCACAAACUCCACUUGAUUUGGCCGCUGCAAAGAAUAAGUUGUUAGGAUUCGGAGUACAGCUUUUGGAUGGCAUUGACCCAAAUCCGGACAAUAUGGUGUGUGCAGGCAUUAUUCAUACACAAGGGCAACAGGUUGGAUGUUUACUUCGAUUGGAACCGAACCGCCAAGCACAGAUGUUCAGAUUGACGAUUCGAUCGAGUAAGGAGUCUGUAACCAACGAAGUAGCAGAUCUGCUUGUUGACCAAUUCUAAGGGAAUGUACAUUUUUUAGACAAACAAAUAUUGCAAAGAAUGUUCUUUGUUAUAUUCGCUCCGAAUUUCUGUGAGGAUACAAAAUAGAUAAUAUAAUAUCGAAAUAUUCAUUAGAUGAAUCAAAGAGAAAAACAUCCAGCUCCAUAAAAUAAAUAAUACUUGUUGUUUUGAAUAUAUAAACAUUAAAUAAUUGGUUAAACUUUCUUGAAAGUUUUUGUUGAACCAAAUUUUCUGAAGUAACCGCAUAAAAUACAUUCAGUACUUCAUCAUUAUAUGUCAGAGUUCGUUGGAACAACGUUUGGUCAACAUUUAAUAUUACUUUCGAGUCAAAAUAAGCCUAUUUCUGAAACAAACACUACAACGGUGCAUAAAAAAAGCAAGUUAAAAAUACACACACAAUAAUCGCGUUAAGUGUUUAAGAUCAUAUUAAUAAAAAAAAAUAACUAUAUUAUACGCAUAAACAAAACAUGAUAGUAUAAUAAUUUUAUUCGUUAUGCAUCAAAAAGUGAAAAAUGUUUUGUUAUCAAAUAAAAGUGGAAAUUUAUGGCAAAUUUUAGAUUUAAGGCGUCAUUAUUUGAAACAAUCACCGUUUCAUGACAGUUGGGAAGAAUAUGAUUACAUUCCUUGUAAAAAUAAAUAAAAAUAACAAUAAUAAUGAUUGAUUAAAUUAUAGAGAAGAGAAAAAAACUAUAACUUGAAUAUAGCUUAAGCGCUGAAGAAAAUAUUGACAACAGCAAACGAUAUAAAAUUCCGAAUUCCCAGAGAAACCCUCUUAUUCACUAGUUUGCAAACUAUCACUUCAAAAACUGACACAUAUGAUAAUCUCAAUGCUCGAGGCCACUUAGGAUUUCGAAUAUUAUUUUUUGGGGAAUAAAACUAGAACAAAAUCUUAUUUAAAUAACUCAAAUUUAAGUUUCAAAAAUAGCAGAAUUGAACUGAGAUAAGAAUAGAAUCGCAAAUCAUGACCAAAAGAGAAUAGGACACUUAACGCUGUAUCAAACGAAACGAUUUUGAAGAUUGUAUUAAGACCAAAACUCAAAAAUCGAAUAAAAAUUGGUUCUACCUUA